GUGGACGCCGCUCCGGGGCGGGUAGGCGCCCCAGGAUGGAGCCCCCAUCUGGCAUGGUGGUGGGGCAGGAGGAGCAGGAGGAACAGGAGCUGCUGGAGCGGGCCUUCUUCUCCUGGGCUGAGUUCAGCCGCUUCUUCGACACAUGGUGCCAGCAGCGGCUGGCGCUCUUCUUCGUCCAGAGCUCCAUGCACCUGACACGCUGCCACUGGGCCAGGUUGCCCCCGCUGUACACGCUCAUCGACGUGCUCAAGUACAGCUACGUGCGAUUGGUGUGCAAGGACGUGCGUGCUCCCAGCCGGCCUGCCAUGGGGCACCACGAGGCCGGCUGCCCUGCCUUCAUCAUCGUCAAGCUGAGCCCACUGCGGGACCGCCUGGUGGUGACGGAGUGCCAGCUGACCCACUCGCACCCCGCCUGCCCCAUCGAGUUCGCCUACUACUUCCGCCCGGGUCGCCUGCUGGCCAACACCUGCCUGCCAGUGCGCACCACCAACAAGAUCUCCAAGCAGUUCCUGGCCCCGGCCGACGUACACCGCCUGCUUGCCUACUGCAAGGACCGUGACCACAGCGUCAUUGAUGCCCUGCGCGUGCUGGAGGGGCUCUUCCACACCGACCCUGAGGCCAAGGUGAAGCUGGUGUUCAUGGAGAACCAGGCGGUGGUGGAGACCGUGUUCUUCCUGACAUCGCGCACACGGGCUCUGCUGCGGCGCUUCCCGCGCAUGCUCCUGGUGGACCGGCUGCCAGGACUGCAGGGCGCGCUGGACCUGCUGGCGGUGCUGUGCGUGGACGGCGCGGGCCGCGCACGCCAGGCCGCCUGCUGCGUGGCGCGCCCGGGGACACCGAGCCUGCUGCGCUUUGUGCUGGCCUCGCUGCUGCAGAGCGCGCCGGAUGUCAAGGGCCGCGUGCGCUGCCUGACAGCGGGGCCCGAGGUGACGGCGCAGCUGUCCGCCGUGCGCCAGCUGCUGCCGGGAGCGCGCGUUCAGAUCUGCCGCGCACAGGGCCUCGAGACGCUCUUCAGUAAGGCGCAGGAGCUGGGCGGCGCCGGCCGGGAGGACCCGGGCCUGUGGCCGCGCUUGUGUCGUCUUGCGGGCGCCCUGUCACCUGUCGCCUAUGCCGAGGCGCUGGCAGAGCUGCGCGCCCACGGUCCAGCUGCCUUCGUCGACUACUUCGAGCGCAACUGGGCGUCCCGUCGCGACAUGUGGGUGCGCUUCCGCGCUUUCGAGGCAGCCCGCGAUCUGGACGCGUGUGCGCUCGUGCGCGGCCACCGCCGGCGCCUGCUGCGCCGCCUCAGCCCCUCGCGCAGCAUGGCGCAGUGCCUUCGCGACCUGGUGGCCAUGCAGUGGGCCGACGCUUCCGGAGAGGUGGCGACCGAUGGCCCCUCCCGUGGGGGGCCUUGGCUGGAGGGCGAGCGGGGAAGGGGAGCCCAGGUGGAGAACCAGAGGGCAAAGGGCCCGGAGAACGGAGACUGGGGAGGGGCCCCAAUGGAUGCAGGUAUUUGGAGAGGCGCCCACUUGGAGGAGUGGGCCGGAGAACUGGAGACCAGAGACCAGGGUGGGGCUCAGUUAGAAAGCGAGAAAGAGAGAGAAUUGCAAAUCCGGUAUUGGAGAGGGGUCCAGCUGGAGAACCAGAAGGUGAGGGGGCUGGAAGGGAGUGUCUGGAGAAGGUCGCAGUUGGAGAACCAGCACUCGAGAGGGCCAGAGGUCAGGGACUGGAGGGGGCCCCAGUUGGAGGGUGAGAAUGACUGGGGGCUGGAAGGUUAUGUCUGGAGGGGAGCCCACUUGGAGGACCAGGGGCUGAAAAGAUUGGAAGGGUGCACCUGGAGGAUGGCCCAGUUGGAGGAUCGAAGGAUCAGAGUUCUGCACACCACAGACUGGAGGAGAGCCCAGUGCGAGUAUGAGAGGGCCCGGGGUCCGGAAGGGAGCACCAGCGCAGGGGCCCAGGUUCGUGAUGCAAAGGUCUCCGCACUGAAAGUCAGAGACCAGAAGGGGCUUCAGGUGGAAGCAGAGAAUGUAGCGGGGCUGGAGGGCAGAAACUGGAGGGAGGGCCAUUUGGGGAAGCCCCUGGAGUUGGUCUCUGAGAACAGAGAGCAAAGGGGGCCCCACUGGGGAGAUGACAGGAGAGGGCCAGAAAUUAGAGAAGAGAGAGGAGUGAGGGUGGGGGUCAAAAGAAGAAGGGACCUGGAGGAUGUAGUUCUGGUCCAGCUAGGGGACACAAGGGUCACAGGCCUAGAGAAUGGAGGUGGAGGGGGAACUCAGCCUGGGGGUCCCAAGAGCAGAGGAGGGCAAGGAGGGGAAUGUGUGGACACAAGAGGAAGGUGUCCAGGGCUGGGGAAUGGAGUCCUGUAUGGUGCCCCUGUGGGCACUGUGCCUGAGGAUGAUCCAGAAUGGGCAGUAACAAGAGUGUACCUGGCCACAGGGGACAGCCUGCAGGAAGGAACUGAAGGAGAAGGCCCGAGGGAACCAAAGAGACCUUGCUGCCCUUCAGGAGAGAAGGAGGUGGACUGGGAGCCCCUGGCCAAGUUCCGAGCAGCCUGUGGGCCAGAGCUGGCAGACCUGGUGGCCGAGGAGCUGUCCUUUGCCAGGCAGCAUGGGGCCCGGGGUUUCCAUAUGACUGGAGCUGGCUUUGCCCUUAAAGAUGGCACCUCAGACUUCUUCCUGGAUGGGGCCCUGACGCGCUGCAGCUGCUCCAUCCAUGCGGCCCGGCGUCUGCCCUGCCGCCACCUCUUCGCGGCACGUCUCCUCACCGGGGCAGCCUUAUUCCACGUGGACCUGCUCAGGGACUGCUGGGGGAGAGCCCCAGAGUCCUGACCCUCAGGGCCCUGCCCUCCGCCCUCCACUGCGAGGGCAGGGGGGCACUCUUUGAUCCCAAAGAUAACAAGGGUG